GCGAGACUAAACGAAACCGGCAUCGCGAGAGUUGGGUUUGAAAUGGCGGCGGGCGCCUUGAGCGACCUGUUUUGGCCUGGUUGAGGAAGCAAUGGGAGAAAGGCGGGGGAGAAACAGAAGCCACUUCGCGGGAUCCCGCCCUCCCGCUUCCGGCCGGCCACUUCCCGUGGGGGAAGGGGACAGUCGGGCUGGGUCUGCUUCCGCGCUCGCAUGGAGCAGCUCCGCCCGCGGCUGCUGAGGACCUACUCGGGGCUGCGGGGGCGGCGAGGCCGGGGGCGGGCGGACGCUGCUGUUGCCUUGAGACGCCUGCCGCCGAAGCCCGCCCCUUGGAUCUCGCCCCAGGUGGACCCCAGGCGCUUCUUCAGCUCCAGCGCCAGCUCCACCUCAGCCACGGCCUCGUCGCCCUCCCUCUGCUUUGAAGACCCGGAUUUCCUGCCCCCUAAAGGACUCCGUAGGGCCCAGCAGCGGAAGAAGCCGCCCCCUCGCAGGAAGGGCGCAGCCAAGAAGAAGAAGGAAGUGGGGGCCAAAGAGAAUCAGGCCCUGCAGAAAAAGGCCGAGGCCCAGGGAGGAGCCAGCGCCUUCGUGCCCCCCACCCCUCUGCGCAGGAACAUCACCCAGCGGCGCCCCCUCGUAGAAGCCCCCUGGGGACGCCAGCGAGGACAGUUCCCAUUGCUGUCGAGCACCCCCGAGCUGCCCCUGUUGACCUCUCGGCUGGCCAGAAAGGAUUUGGAGGAGGAAGAGAGUGCCCUGCAGGGCAGCCCUGACUCUUACUGCUAUUGCUGCUGUUGCAUCAGUCCACAGGAGAGGUUGAAGGUCGACAGCUGGCGUAGCAGUGAUGCCCUCUCUGAGCUGAGCUCACUGAAGGUAAACAGGGACACCGGGAAGAUGGAAGGCAGCUUUGAGCUCUUAGCCCAGGAAGAGUCCAGCGCCCUGCAGCAGAAGCCUCUGCGGGGAGAUUCCCAGACUGGGCCUCCUCCACUGUCCCUGCUGCGCCUCAGCAGCUUGCCUUGCACACCCUUGGAAAGCCAUGCAGCCUUGCAGUCUCGCAGUUUCUGUAGCCAGGCCAAAGCGCCCUCGGGAGACAAGGAAGGGCUCAUAACCUCGCUGGGAUGCUCUGCGACUAGCCCUGGUUGUCUUCACAGUCCUGAUACAGAUUGUGGCCAGAAGCCGACCGAGUUGCCAAAUACUGAUGUCAAGCUGUUACAUUCUUCUCGUGGAGCUUUUCAGCUGCGAGCCCAAAUGUGUGAUGGCAAGAUUGCCCUCUCCUUGCCAAAAAAUGCAGCACCUCUUGUUCACAAGAGACAGCGUGUCUCAGUUCAGGUGUGUUCCAGUCCCCUGCAGACAUUUGGUGAGCUAAAUGGAGCUCUCUUAGAAGAGGAGGACAAAGGUCAAAAGGACCCAAGUAGCCCCCAUCUCCAGCCUGUUGUGCUCCUGGACAAUCAAGUGGUACCAAACUGGUUGGCUAGUCACUCCACUGGAAAACAAGUGGCGGACCACCUUUCCUGGAAGAAAGAAGCUAUCUUGCAUUCAGAUUCCCCCACUGGCCUACCUAGAGUGUCUGACACCAGGAGUGGCAGCAGCCAGGUGGUCCCCACAGCUCGUGCUGUAGGCACUGGUAGGAAAGCUUGCAUCUCCGGAUUUAGUUCCAGGCGGUGGGAGCAGCGAGGAAAGCUGAAGAAACUGACACACAAGAAAAAUGUGAGGUGGAAACACCAGGCUGAUUCUUCCUUCCUUCAGGAACGCCUGAAGUGCAACGAAAUGGAAGAUGACCUUUCCUUGUCUUUUCUGUCUCCGGAGUCCUCGUUUAAGAAUUCCAGCUUGUGGCGCAGGAUUCGAGCUUCUUUCUCCCUUCAUAAGAAAAAGAUUAUUGUCUCCGAAGCUGAAAACUGCAGCAGCAUCGCCAGCACUUCUUUUUCUUCUGUCAGGGAGCCCCCCAAGACCCCCUUCACUAAAAAACUGGGUUACUCAAUUUGUCCUGCCUCUUCUAUGGUCCUACUGUCACCCAUGACCUCUUUUUCUAUGCUGGAGGUGACGCUGACGGAUGAGGAAAAAGUAUACGGGGAAUGCCAGCAGGAGGGUCCCAUCUCCUUCGAGGAAUGCAUCCCCCCUGAUAAGAUGCAAAAAUGUGAGAAAAUUGGAGAAGGUGUAUUUGGAGAGGUUUUCAGGACAGAAGGUGAGAGAGGGGUCACAGCUUUAAAAAUAAUCCCCAUUGAAGGGAGCGACCGAGUGAAUGGAGAGCCUCAAAAGACCUUCAGGGAGAUCUUACCCGAGAUCAUCAUUUCAAAAGAGCUCAGCCUUUUGGCAGACGAGGAGUUUCAUCAAACGUCUGGGUUUAUCAGUCUGUAUUCUGUACACUGUGUGCAAGGGGCCUACCCUGACCAGCUUCUGACGGCCUGGGAUGAAUACCACAGGGUGAGAGAGUCUGAAAACGAUCGGCCGGACUUCUUUGGAGACCAGCAGCUAUUCAUGGUCUUGGAGUUUGAGUUUGGGGGCAUGGACCUGGAAAGCAUGCGGAACCGGCAGCUGACCUCUGUGGCGGCAUCCAAGAGCAUCUUGCAUCAAGUAACAGCAUCCUUGGCCGUAGCCGAGGAAGCCUUGCACUUUGAGCAUCGAGAUCUCCACUGGGGCAACGUGCUGGUGAAGAAAACCAACUUAAAGGAGGUGAGCUUUACGUUGAAUGGGGUAACCCACACGCUCCCCACGCAAGGAAUCCUUGUGAACAUUAUUGACUACACCUUUUCAAGGUUGGAGAAGGACUGUUUAACGGUGUACUGUGACCUCUCCACUGACGAGGAAAUCUUCCAAGGGAGAGGCGACUAUCAGUUUGACAUUUACAGGCAGAUGAGGGAGGAGAAUGCAAACAGCUGGGCUGACUACUUUCCCCACAGCAACAUCUUAUGGCUUCACUACUUAGCCGACAAACUUUUGAAAGAGGUGUCUUACAGAAAGAAGCCAACAGCGCCUGCCUUGAGACAGGCGCAGAAACAGCUGAAGCGGUUCUGUGACGAGGUUCUCGGUUUCGGGUCUGCCACAGACUUGCUGAACACAAGUAGCUUCUUCCAGUGAUUAAACUGAUCCUUGGGGUUGGCAGAUGGAGAAUCUUAAGUGCUUUUAUAAAUACACACACAAUGUUUUGUUGCAUUUUAUAAAAGCUUUCUCUCCCCUCUCUAAUAUUAAGUCAACUUUUUGUAAAUUGCAGCACAUCUUCAAAGUUAAUUGGUUUGUGUUUUGCCUUAAUACAUGUCUUUAAAAAAAAAACCCUUUAGAUCCAGCACAUUUUAAUUUAGAGUUUUAGUUCCACAUGCUUUUAAUGAAAGCCACUAUUUUAAAUCUUUUUUUAAGUCUUGUAGGAUUUUACUCCUUUAGCAUUGUAGCUUGUUUUAAAACAAAACUAAAGACUGUAACAUGCAUUUGCUAGUUUAACUUUUACAGUAUUAAAUCUGAUAAAUGAUUGUUUUAUAUUGGUAAAAAUUUAUAUGGGCCCAAUCUGUAUGUAUUUUUAAUGAUAUUUUUUGUAAUGGCUGGAUCAAAUAUAAUUUGUGUACUAUAAA